GAUAAGCAUUGAACAGACGGAGUCCCUGCCAGGAUACAUGUGACUGUGCCGACCUCUUCUCCUUCUCCUGUGGAAACACACUGCAGAGGACUCUCCAGAAGUCACGAUGGACUUUCCAAAACCCUGAAAAUGUGGGCAAGCAGAAAUCUAAUGAUCAUGGUUUGACUUUUGAGAACUGUGCGAUCCCGACACCAACGCUGUCCGUCAUGUUGGAGCCAGGCUCUGUGGAUGAGGGAGCAUCGUGUGGUUCACCGUCAGCCUUCAAGUUGGUUCAUCCACCAUAUUGGUGCAGAGAAACAUAUGAACUCAACGUAUUUAAUGCAGCGACUGGAUUUUCCCGUGGACUGCUCGUUGCCUGCCGGCUGAUGCUGGGAUCGCCAAUGCAUAAAACCAUUACUCUGUUUGGACACCACAUUUCUUGGGAAAUGUCUAAGCACUGAAUAGAAAACCUAAAGGAUUUACUGUGUUAGAACUCUGACCCAAAUGGGAUAAAAACUAGAAACUGUGAAAGACUUUAAGAAAAGGUAAUAACUCAGAUAAAUUUGGAGUACCCUUAGUCAUCUUUCCCAUGAUGCAUUGCCCCAUAAGGAAGAAACGGCCCACGCGUGACUCUGACUUCUCAGCCAUCGUCGUGCCCUCGAUGUACGGGUCUGGUUACCUUGACUACACGGUCGAGACCCACGCUUCCAGGUCCAUGAAGGUCAUGGAUGAGUUCAGGCAGCAGGAGAUGUUGUGUGACCUGGUGCUUCACGUCACGUACAAGGACAAAACUGUGGACUUCAAGGUGCACAGGUUGGUGCUGGCCUCAUGUAGCCCCUACUUCAGAGCCAUGUUCACCAGCUGCUUCAAAGAGCGUCAUGCCUCGGAGAUCACCUUGCGUGAUGUCUGCCCCCAGGUGGUGGGAAGGCUCAUUGACUUUGCCUACACCGCCCACAUCACAGUGGGAGAGAAAUGUGUGUUGCAUGUUCUGUUGGCUGCGAUGAGGUACCAAAUCGAGGACGUGGCCAAGGCGUGCUGCGAUUUCCUCAUCAAGCAUCUGGAGCCGGCUAAUGUCAUCGGCAUCGCUCGCUUUGCGGAGGAGAUCGGCUGCACGGAGCUGCACCAAAGAAGUCGAGAGUACAUCAACACACACUUCAACGAGGUGACUAAAGUCGACGAGUUCUUCAGCCUGUCUCACUGUCAGCUGCUGGAGCUCAUCAGUCAGGACAGUCUCAAGGUUCUCUGUGAGUCUGAGGUGUAUAAGGCCUGUACAGACUGGGUCGGCUGGGAUAUGGAGGGCAGAGCUCAGUACCUACACGCCCUCCUGAAUGCUGUUCACAUCUACGCCCUGCCGCCAAAGUUCCUGAAGAACCAGCUCCUGUCCUGCCCCAUCCUCAGUAAGGCCAACUCCUGUAAGGACCUGCUCUCUAAAAUCUUCCAGGAUAUGACACUGAGGAAGCUGCCGCCGGCUCCGAACCGUGGAACUCAACUCAUCUAUGUGGCUGGCGGAUACCAGCAGCAUUCAUUGGCGUCCAUGGAGGCUUAUGAUCCCAGGGCAAACGUGUGGCUCAGACUGGCUGACAUGGGAACGCCGUGCAGCGGCCUGGGAGCCUGCGCGCUGUUCGGACUCCUCUACACUGUUGGUGGCAGAAACCUGUCGCUUCAGAACAACACCGAGUCCAGCGCCCUGUGCUGCUACAACCCAAUGACCAACCAGUGGAGCCAGCGCGCCUCCCUCAACAUCCCCAGGAACAGGGUCGGCGUGGGGGUGGUGGACGGCUGCAUCUACGCCGUUGGAGGUUCCCAGGGCUCGACGCAUCACAACACAGUGGAGAGGUGGGAUCCAGAGUCCAACCGCUGGUCGUUCGUGUGCCCGAUGUCUGUGGCUCGUCUUGGGGCCGGCGUGGAGGCAUGCGGGGGGGCUCUGUACGUGGUGGGGGGGUAUGAUGGACAGAACCGUUGGGACACUGCUGAAAAGUACCAACCUGAAACUAACACCUGGCAGCAGCUGGCUCCCAUGAGCACCAUCCGCAGUGGACUGGGGUUGGUGUGUGUGAACUCUUACCUGUACGCUAUAGGAGGGUACGAUGGGAGGAGCCAGCUCUCCUCUGUGGAACGCUACAAUAUAGCCUGGAAUGUCUGGGAGCCCAGGGCGUCCAUGCAGUACGGCCGCAGUGCACACGGAGUGGCGGUCUACCACAGACGCAUCUUUGUCCUCGGAGGUUUUAACCAGCAGGGCUUCCUGUCCAGUGUUGAGUGUUACUGUCCAGAAAGAAAUGAAUGGACGUGCGUCACCAACAUGCCCAUUGGACGCAGCGGCAUGGGCAUCGCCGUUACCAUGGAGCCGUGCCCUGGCAGCCUGCCAGAACAAGAGGAGGACGAGGACGGAGCCACAUAGGACAUAAAAACCUACAUUGACUACAGUUUUACAGUUUCCAAGUGGUGCUGCUUUUCAAGAGACGAUUAAGUGCACUAAAGAAAAAACUUCCAACAUGAAAACAUCUUUACCUCCUGUAUCUCCGCCCUCAUGGGUCCCACUCGUGUUGUACCGUGAUGCACAGAUGUGGUCUAAAUGGAAGCGUUGAGGAAGAGCAAUUAUAAACAGAAAAUAUCUCAACAUCUGAUCAAAACUGACAUGACAGUGAUCCUGCAGUGAUAAGGUGCUACAGAUGUAAUCCCAAAUAAUAAUGUUAUUUAUUUAAACAUUGUCCCUUCACUGUUUUAAAUUUCUUGCGUAUUUGAUUACAUUGUAAAUUUGCAAAGUGAACUCCAGUGUCCUAAUUUCUAAUUCCUCCGUCUGUGUCCAAAUGAGGACAGAACUCACACAUUUUCUUCUAUGUUGUGCCAAAAGUGGGGUUUCCUGUCUAAAACUGCAAUUUUUAAACAUUUUGUCAAAUUUCUUUUUUUUUUAAUUUGCCAGAUUUAAUUUUGUGUUUCCUGGAGUAAAGUUAAUCAAAGGUGAAUGAUAAAUAUCUUAUGUCUGCACCAUUUGUUCGGU